GUGCGGCAGCCGCGGCAGCCUCUGUCCAGCAUCCGCGCGGGGAUCAGUCGCGGCGAUCACGGCCGCUAGUGAGUAGCAGAAGCGAAGGCUGAGAUGGAGACCACACUGUCGCGAUCCCAGAGCUGCUGAGCCCACCGCUGUCCCUGCCCCCGCCUACACUUACUUUGCAAAAGCAAAUUUGGAAGCAGUUGCUUGAAGACAGUUGGCGUAGUAUCCAGACAGUCACCACCUGCACAAUGAAGCACUUCCUGAGGAUGUUGAUCCAGGUGUGCCUAUAUUUUUACUGUAAAUUUUUGUGGCGCUGCAUGAAGUUUGUGAUGCGGAAACUCACCGGAAGGUGUGAACUACAAAGGAUUUGCUACGGCACCAAACCUGGAGCUUCCAGAACCAUGAAAAUUGAAACGUCACUGAGGGAUUCAAAAAGCAAGCUGUUGCAGACAUCAGUGAGUGUUCAUCCUGAUGCUAUCGAAAAGACUAUUGAUGACAUCAUGGAAUUGAAAAAAAUUAACCCUGACAUCAAUCCACAGUUGGGAAUCUCUCUCCAGGCUUGCCUUCUGCAAAUUGUGGGUUACAGAAACCUCAUUGCAGAUGUGGAAAAACUACGCAGAGAACCCUAUGAUUCCGACAACCCCCAGCAUGAAGAGAUGCUUCUGAAGCUAUGGGAGUUCCUGAAACCCAACACUCCACUGGAGUCUCGGAUUUCUAAGCAGUGGUGUGAGAUUGGCUUCCAGGGUGAUGAUCCGAAAACAGAUUUUCGAGGAAUGGGUCUUCUGGGACUUUACAAUCUGCAAUAUUUCGCAGAACGAGAUGCCACUGUGGCUCAGCAGGUUCUCUCUGACUCUGUUCAUCCAAAAUGCAGCAAAUUCAGUAAAACAGAAUGGGAAAAGAAAAAGAUGGAUAAAGCAAUCGGGUAUUCCUUUGCAAUUGUGGGCAUUAAUAUCACUGACCUGGCAUAUAAUCUGCUCGUGAGUGGUGCUCUAAAAACACACUUCUACAACAUCGCCCCUGAAGCUCCGACACUGUCUCACUUCCAACAAACAUUCUGCUAUUUGAUGCACGAGUUUCACAAGUUUUGGAUUGAAGAGGACCCCAUGGACAUAAUGGAAUUUAAUCGAGUGCGGGAGAAAUUCCGCAAGAGGAUCAUAAAACAGCUGCAGAACCCAGAUAUGGCGCUGUGCCCACAUUUUGCUGCAUCUGAAGGUUUAAUCAACAUGUAGUGCCCACACUGGUUUCAAUGGAUACCCCAGAACACUGCCUCAUUGUCAUCCUAGAUCUCUGCUUAGGUGACAGCUCACACACCUAAUGCAUAUAAGU